GUUCAUUCGUCGAAGGGGCAUUCGCUCGGCAGUAGCACGCACCUUGCUAGCGCAGCCGCGUGUGAGUCGGCGCAGUCACGCCUGGGGCUGACGGGCACGCUAUUUCGGGAACGCUUGGCAAACGGUACCUACGCGCUCGCACAAACCAACACUCGACAGUUCUUUGUCUUAUUAAAUACAUAUCUCUCCAUACGCAUAUAACUGAUCACGCAUCUGAAAAAGGAAUUGCGCGGAAAAUAAAGUGCCUUUAUAAAAGUACCCAAAAUGGGAAGCGUCCUCAGUACCGCCGCGACCGGAAGACCUAACGCAGCAAAUGACGUCGUCAGUGAAAGCGAAACAAUGAGUGACGUAGGAGCGAGUGCCUCGACCGAUAACGAACGAAGUGAGGAGUUUCACGAUGCCGUCAACGACACUGAUGAUGAACGCGUUAAAGCCAAAGAAGAUGCGAUGGUGGAGUUCAGAAAUGAACUUCAAACUAAAAGAGAGCAGCGCAAAGCUAUACUAGCCCGACAUAGAAAUGAGAAGGAGGAAUUGGAGAAAUCAUUAGCCCAAGAAAGGAAAGCUAAUCUUGAUUUAUGUGAAAGCAAUAGAAGAUUGCGAGAGUUAUUAAGUCAAAACGGCAUACAAAUACCGCAAGAAAUAAAUUCUACUAUUGAAGAUACAGAAAUAUCAAGUGUUUUAGUUAGUAUGAAUGAAGAAUUGGAAAAACUGAAAAGCAAUAAUAUGAAACUGAGAAAAGAUUUAGUUGAAGCUAACAGUACAUUACAGGAAGCUUACUCAGAUAUAGCUGAUCUAAAUGAAAGAAAUACUGAAUCAAUCAAACAUAUCAAAGCUUUAAAAGAAGUGAUAAGUGUCAGUAAAACUAUGAUUGGAUUACGUGAGCAACAGCUAGAGGCGUUGAAAAACAAAUUAAGUGAAAUUGAACAGUCGCUAGCUGAUAGAGAGGCCAACUUGCUAUCCACUGAUCUUAGAGAUGAGUAUGUGCGACAAUUACAAAACAUACGCACACUCCGAGGAUUAUAUGAGGAGAGGGCAAGAUUAGCUGAAGUCACGAGGCAAAGCAUACUACGUGAAUUAGAAGAGCAGAAAACUUACAAUCAAAUAGAAAUUGACAAAUCCAAUGAAUUAAAAACCAGGAUUGAAGCACUUGAAACGGAAAUAGCUAGUCUCAAGGAAGCAAUAGACAGUAAAAAUGAGCAUAUAAGCUCGUUGGAAGAUACAACCAGAAUUCUACAAGCUGAAAUGUCUGUAGUAAACAAGCUUUUCUCGCAAGUUUUAUUGGGUUACAAAAACAAAAAAGAUUUAGAUACGCUAGUAUGUCGCCUCGAAGAAAAUCAUGGAUUACUAACACACUUGGCAGAAAAUGAGAAUGAUUCUGAGGCAUCAUCUGCUCUGCCGAAACUUUUAUUAGAAAUCGUCAGCCAAAUAGAAGACGCUGAAGAGAAACGACCAACACCCACGCCAUUGCCUACAGAAAACACUGAUACAGUUAAAUCUGCAAGUACAAGUUCUUCAGACGUAGACGGAAAUGCUGGCCCUCAAAUCAAUGCAACUGCCGAAGAAAUAGUUGAAAACCUACCAAAAGUAUGGAGGGUCUUGAUUGAACUUUUGAGUCAUCAGAGCGUUGCAGAAACUAACAAUGAUAAUGAAAAAGUGACAACAUGCUAUAAAUCUGUUGAAACCAAAUCAGGUCCUGUCCUAGUGCCAAGUGUUAGUCAAACAUACAUUCGUUUAAAGGAAUUAAUUUUAGAAAAACUUGCGCUCAUCAGGGAAGUGAACCGAAUGAAACAAUUAAAUGGCCAUUUAGAGAGUCGUUUAGGAGUUCAAGAGAAAAGAUUGUGUCUUGUUACAACUGAACUCAGCAAAACCUGGCACGUUGUAGGUCGGCUACGGAGGCAUCACCAUCAACUGCAUACACAUGAAAAGAUUCUAAAAUAUGAAUUGCAACAGAAAAGGAAACUUCUAAAUGAAUUAAAAGAUGAGUUAAAAUACUGUCGUGAGCGCUGGAACGAAGCUCGUGAAAAGAAUUUACAAUCAGAGAAAGAUUGUAAACAAUUAAGAGCUGAGUUUUCCAGCAGAAAGUCUACAGCCGCAUCAUGUAACCAUUCUGCUGAAAGUGGCUACAGUGACGAAAAACUCACAGACGACUCUUCAGAUUCAAACGAUGAUAGCGAACCUAUCAUGCGAUGCAAGAAAAAAAUGGCAGCCAAAUCUUUUGAAACAAUACAUGAUUCUAGCUCAGAAGUACAUGUGGCUGAAAGGGAGGAUCCAGUUAGCGAUAUGUUAGAUGUAGCUGAUUUGCCUCUUGAUAGUCACGGUGGAGAUGAAAAUCAGGAAUCCUCGAUUUCUGAAUGCUUAGUCAGUGAAGGUAUUGUCAGAAAUGAUAACAACUAUGUUGAAACCGAAGAUGAAGCGUUAGAAAUCACAACCGAUGAGACAGUCACUCAAAGCAAUACAAAUUCAAUACCAACUGAUACAUCAUUAAAUAAAGUUAUAACAAUAAAUCCAGCGGAAAUUCUUGAAAGUAUCAGAAGGCAAAAUGAGAGAUUAGCUAAAAGAGAUAAAAAGUUAAAACAAUUAGAAAAAGGGGGUGAAGCUUUACUAAAACAAACUCAAGGUACAGUUAGACUUGGUGAAGCACUUAAUAAUGCUUUAGACCAUAUACUGAAUAGGCCUUCAACUUCUCAGGGUGAAAUUAAAAUAAAUACAACCCCAGUUUCUCUAGAACGCGUUGAAGCCGAUAAUCAAGAACCACCAAUUUCUGAAUGUGUUGGCAGUGCAAAUAAUGUUAAUGUUGCUGUAACGCCGAAUAUCGAGUUAAAUAUUAUAACUCCUGUCAGUGCUAUUGAUAACAAUACUUCAAUAACAAGUAAUGUUAGUCCAAAUAAUACAACUGUCCCACUCAUUGAUCCUAAGGCAAUAAUGGAAAGUAUUAGGAAGCAAAAUGAAAGAUUAGCUAAAAGAGAUAAAAAGUUGGAACAAUUAGAAAGAAGUGGAGAAGCUUUAUUGAAACAAACUCAGGGUACAGUGAAACUUGGUGAGGCACUGAAUAAUACAUUGGAUCAUAUACUUAAUAGACCUUCAACAUCUCGAGAAGAAACGCUAAUUACUCCGUCUGAAAAAACUAAGGUCGAAAAUAACAAUAAAAGAAAUGAAAAACCAGAAGUAUCAUCAUGUGUAGAUCAGCAAUUAGAGCUAAAAGUAGAGAAUAUACCGGACAACAGAACUAAUGAUGAUAAGCAACAGGCAAAUUUUGAGGUUAGUGAUGUAGAUCAAAAUCCUUCAUGUUCUGAAAACAUACAUAUGGAAAAUGUUACUGACGAUCUUACACAUCAGAAUAAAUUUGAUUCUGAAAAUGAUGAGCAAGCACCUAAUAAAGAUUCUUGUCCACGAGACCUGCCUAAACUUGAAUACAACUCAUCCAUAACUAUGCCAACAAUUGAUCCUAAAGCUAUAUUGGAGAGUAUUAGAAAACAAAAUGAAAGACUGGCUAAAAAGGAUGAAAGACUAUCUAAAAUGGAAGGUGAAUGCAGUGAUGUGGUAAAAAAAAUAUCCGGAACAUUGGAUAAAGGCGGCGCAAUAUUAAAGAAAAUUGAUACAAUGCACUCGGAAGUUGAACAGAAAAAUAAUAUAGUAGAUGUUGAUGAAACCAAAUCUCUGCCUAAUGAAGUAGGGCCUUCAACAUCAACCGGUGAAGUCGAUCACGAAGCGCGGCUGGCAGCAAGGGAUCUACGCUUGACCAGAUUAGAAGAACAGACUAAAUCAUUGGUGAGUAAAAUGAACAAAACUACGUCAAAGGGAGUAAAGAUUCACUAUAAGUUAGAGGAACUUCAUAACAUAUACGGAUCAGAAAAUUCCCGAGCCAGUACACCUGCUGAUAGCACUGAAGAUAAUUCAGAAGGCAAAGAAGAAGUAGAUAAACCUGAACAAACGGAAGGUGAUGAAGAGGAUACGGCGUAAGGCGUAAACUGUUACAGGACAACUAGCCUAUGGUUUGGUUGCAAUGAUUGAAAGUUUUCAUAAUAUUUUUU